GAGGAGUAGUAGCGCACAUGCAUAUUUGACGGGACUAUUCUGCACACCGCCGCCGGUGCAGCUUCCAGCCACGCUACGCCACGCCAGGCGGGUAUAUAUGCGCGCAACACUUGGACUCGAUCUAUUGACGACGGCCGGGCGGUGCCAGGCACGUACGUAACCUUCCAUGGAGGCGGGUGCGGGGCCACCGAAGCCCGCGGCCACGGCGAAGGUGGCGUCGUCGUCGUCGUCGUUCUCGUCCGUGGCCGCCACGGCCGCGAGCCUGGUGGCGGUCGGUCUGGGAGGCGCGGCGCUGCUGGUGUGGUGGGCGCUGGCGUUCCACCCGGCGCACGCGCGGCUCUGGAUGGUGCCCGCGGGGCUGGUCCUCCUCGGCACGCCCGUCCUCGCCUGGCUCUCCCUCUUCGCCUCCGGCCCGUGCCGCUGCGGCCGCCGCCCGGUCGAGGCGCCUCCGGCGCCGGGCGCACACGCAGGCGCUUAGCGACCCGCCUCCACGUAGCUUACAGCUUGCCAUUCUUCCGUGCGCAUGCAGUAGCUUCUCUUCUCCCGACACGAUCACUUCUGCUGCUUGGGUUUCUUCGUUACUUUGCAGUGUUCUUGCGCUUGUUCACGCCGCAGACGUUCUUCCCGAUGCUGACGAUCGACCAAGUGCCAGCUUUCUGAUCCGUUCACGCGCAAACGAUUUUGUUCGUUCACGCGGCGCCGAAAGUCUAAAGCGAGCGAGUGUGCGUGUGCCGAAUCCUACGCCGCCACACUCCGCUCCGUCGGAUCGGUCUCGAUCAGCGGUCGGAUCGGGAGGUGGACGUGCACUAUGCGCGCGCGGGCCCCAGGGAAUGCCCGCCCCCCUCUUGCCGGAUUGGGACGGGUUCCACUCGGCAAGCAAAAAAGAUCUUUCGCUGGUUUACAACGGGUGUUAUCUUAGGUAGGUGAUGCGAUUAGCGAUAAGGAUUUAGGUAUUGGAGCUGGAGCUUAUGAGUCUAGGCCUAUCGUAAGAGGAUCCAAGUAAACUGUUGUUAUCUUGUCAUCCUAAUUUAACAAGAUAGCGCGUUCGGUUCGAGUCCAGUCACUGCGCACAAUGGUCUGGUAGUACGUGUGAUGAGAGAUUCCCAGGUACUUGACAGGGCAGGCGGAUGUGAUCGGAGCCUCGUUUCUGAUAGGACAGUACAUAGUUCAACGUAAAAACUAGUAGUAGUUCUUUUUCGAAAAGGGGCG